AUGCGUCGUGUGUUAAGAGACCCCAAAGACCGAGGCCGCUGGCCCGCGCCCCCCGCAGCGGCCCCGGGCCGCGGCCCGGGGCCCCGACACCCCCCGGCGCCCCCCGACCCCGCAACGGACCCACCGGGACCCCCCCCGACGCGCCGGACGGGCACGUCCGGCCGCCGCUAUGCCCCUACCAAGCCCGGGGCCCGGCCUGGGCCGCCCCGUCCCCGCCCGCCGCCCACCCCCCCCCCCGACGAGCCCCGCCUAGCCCGCGCCCGGGCCGGAACCCAGCCCUCGGCGCGGCGCGCAAGGAGCCGGCCCAUACCCCCCCCCGGGCGCCCGGGACCCCGGGGGAUCGCCCCGACGCUCCAUCUGUCCGCAAGCCCCCCAGACGGUACCCUGGGCGCGCCGGCCCCCCGCCCCCGCCCGCCCCCAGCGGCCGGACCCCAUCCCCCCCUAAUGGGGUCCCCCCGGCGGGCUCCUCGCGAGGUGCGCGACGGGGCGCCGAGCCCGGAACCGACCGACGAGGCCCGCGGCCGCCCUGGCUGCCACCGUACGCCCCGGCUCCAGAGCCCCGGGGGACCCGCGCGGCCCCCCAAGCACCCCGCGGGCCGCCCCACCCCACGCGGGCGUGCGGGCCCCCCGGGGGCCUGCGGCCCCACCCCCCGGACGAGCCCCCGGGGCCCGCGGUCCCGGCCCGGCGCGGGGCGGGGAAGGCGGGUAAGCGAUCACCGCGUGGGGGGCCCCCGGCUGUCCCCGCCCGGCGGCGCGGCCGGACACCGGGGCCCGCACCGACCGCCCGGCCCGAGGCCGCGCCGCGGCCGCGGGCCAGGCUCCAGCCCCGCGAGGCCGGGGCCCCGCGCCGCCCCCGGGCCGGAGAGAGCGGGCCGGGCGACCCAGCCCCCCCCCCCCACCCCUGCCGCCAAGCGCGCGUCGGAAGCUGGCCCCCGCAGGGGUGACGGGACCCCGGCCCGCCCGCCCGGCCGGGCCCCCCUGGCGCCCACGCGGCAGCGCGCGCGAGGUGCCGCCGCCCCCCGCGGCCGGGCCCGGCGCACGGGUGCCCCGCGCCCGACGGGAGCGAACGGCCCCUCACUUGGCCCCGCGCGCCCGCCGAGGGCGCGGCCGCCGCGCCGCACCGAGCGGAUCGAUCAGCCGCCUCGACCCGGCCCCCCGCCGGAGGCCCACCCCGGGACUCCCGGGUCGCCCCCCGGGCCCCCGCGGGGCACGCCGCCCGGGGCGAUGAGCCCCGCGACCCGCCGGGCCCCGCGAGACCGACGCGCCCGACCCGCCGACCCGGGAGCGGCGGAGCAGUCCCCCGGCGCGCGCCAUGCCCCCCCCGACCCCGGCGGCCCGCCCCACCGCGCGAUCCCUACCCCCCCCGGCGGGAAACCACCCCCCCCCCAGCCACGGGCCCCACACCGCCGCGCGACCGGAGCCCGGCGCGGCCCCGAGCCGUCCGCCGGACGGCGGGGCGCGGACACCCGUUCACUCCUUGACCUUCCGCUUUUUCGUUUUCCCUCAAUCUUUUCUUCCCAAAGCGUCAGCGAUCCACGUGAUCCACGCCCGCGCUGA